CGAUCACGCAUUUCAUUCAGAAACAACUGCCGCGCAGUUAGCAUAGGUAACGUCGCUCAAUGUUCCCCGUGUUCUCUUUCUUUGUCAAGACUUGCGCUCUACUUCAAAACCGCUGAAAUAGUACAGAAAUCCAAUUUGACGAAGUUUUCUGUCUUUCUCUCCGAUACGUUAACGCAGAAAACGAAAAAGAAAAUCUUGUCUCGGACACGUGGUCGCUACAUUUGAGCAAGUUGGCCUUUCUUUGUUUACGUCUGUACUGUAGGCGCUCUUUUUUAGCAGUUCUAGAACACUUGAUCAUCAGAUAUCAGUAAUCAUGGAACACGAGGAAGGACCCGUAAAACUCGUUAAAGUGAGUACUACACAGAAUGGUAGCGCACAGCCAGAGGACAUCAAAGUUACCCUACCAACAAACCCGAACCCUACUGGAGAUCCUGAAAAGAACAUAGUGAAAGAACAACAAGCUGUAGUAACCAUACAAAAACACGUUACUAUCGACGAUGGAAAGCGAGAAUCAUGGGGGAACAAAUUGCAGUUUAUCUGUGCUACUGUGGGGUUUGCUGUCGGUCUUGGCAAUGUCUGGCGUUUUCCCUAUCUUUGUCAGAAGAACGGAGGAGGAGCAUUCCUAAUUCCAUACUUCAUCAGUCUGUUCCUGCUUGGAAUCCCACUGUUUUUCCUUGAGCUUGGCAUUGGUCAAAGUGUGCGACAAGGGUCCAUUGGAGUAUGGAACUACAUUCACCCUUACCUGGGAGGGGUAGGGUUUGCCAGUGUUAUAGUAUGCCUCUUUGUUGGGAUGUACUACAACAUGAUCAUUGCAUGGUGUUUCUAUUAUCUGUUUGCAUCAUGGCAAAACCCUCUGCCCUAUGCUAAUUGCCCAUACACCAUAGUAAACAAUGUGAGUGUCAUGAUUCCAGAGUGUGACAAAGCAGGGAGAACCCAAUAUUACUGGUACAAAAAUGCACUUAAAGCCAGUUCAAGCAUUAAUGAAAGUGGUGGCAUUACCUGGCAUUUGGCAUUGUCUUUGUUGCUUGCUUGGAUAGUGGUUUGGCUUUGCAUGAUGAAAGGUGUCCAAUCAGCUGGCAAGGCUGUUUAUUUUACUGCAACCUUCCCCUACAUUGUGCUUAUUAUCUUCUUUGGCCGUGGUAUAAGUUUACCUGGUGCUAUGGACGGUAUUUGGUACAUGUUCAAGCCAGAGUUCAUAAAGCUUGCUAACCCCCAGGUUUGGCUUGAUGCUGCCACACAAAUCUUUUUUUCCCUAAGUCUUGCUUUUGGUGGUCUGAUUGCCAUGUCCAGUUACAAUCCUGUCCACAACAACUGCCACAGAGAUGCUAUCUUGGUCUCAUGUAUUAACUGUGGAACAUCUAUCUUUGCAAGUAUUGUUAUCUUCUCCAUUCUGGGUUUUAAGGCUCACAAGACCUUGAAUGAAUGCAAAGUAAUCCAUGGUCUGAAUGGAACUGAGCCUCUCAAUGAUACUGCUAGACUUGCCGAGUGUGGAAAUAUGACCUACUGGCUAUCACAGACUGCAUCAGGUCCAGGUCUGACAUUCAUUGCCUUCACAGAGGCCAUUGUCAAGAUGCCAAUCUCUCAACUCUGGGCUACACUGUUCUUCUGUAUGUUACUCACCCUUGGUCUUGGUAGCAUGUUUGGUACUCUUGAAGGUGUUAUUACUCCUGUGUAUGACCUCAAACUUGUCUCGUGGAGAAAGGAAUUUGUCACAGCUGCCAUCUGUGCCUUCUGCUAUCUGAUUGGUCUUCUGUUCUGCCAGAGGUCUGGAGAAUUCUGGCUGCAAAUGUUUGACAAUUUCUCAGGCACUAUUCCUUUACUCAUCAUUGGAUUUUUUGAACUAGUUGGUGUAUCUUGGAUUUAUGGCUUGAAAAGAUUUGAAGAUGAUAUUGAGUACAUGAUCAAGAUGCGUCCAAGUAUCUAUUUCCGUUACACAUGGAAGUUUAUCUCUCCUGCCCUGGUGGUGCUCAUUCUUGUUUUUAGUAUGAUUGGCAUGGGUAUUAAACCUGUGAAAUACUCUGGCGUUGAUAUGAAAACAGGGAAAGCCACCAAGCUGGACUAUCCCGGAUGGGCUUAUUUCCUCAUUGCUCUCCUGAUUGGCACUUCAUUCCUGUUCAUUCCUGCAAUAAUGCUGUUAAGACGCUUUGGAAUUUUGAAGUAUGAGAGAAAGCAAUAUGGAAAGGCAAAAGCUGGAGAGGAUGUAGCUCCUGCUGCUAUUACACCAUCCAUGUCCCAUAUUCCCCUGCCACCUUCUGAGCUUCCACUUGCAGGAAGAGCUGUAAAUGGACAAGCAUAACAAGGAGAGUAUCUCUGUUUGUCUGCUUUUUGCUCAAGAAUAAUGUUAUCAAAGGUUUCCAAAAAAAUACUAUCUUGUUUUAUGGUUUAGAGGUACGUCAUUUGGUGGUGUUUUUAAGGGUAUGUUUGAUGAUUCAAUCUCUCUGAGUUAAUAAUGUUCUUCUGAUUCAAAGAGCAGAUAAACAUCCAGUAAUAAGUGAUCACACAACCAUCUCCAGAUCAGUGAAAUAAUGGCAGAAACUCCUAGCAGACAGCAGACAGAAAGAUAUUCAGUGUGGCAGUAGGUCACAUACAGUAAGCUUUCUGUCUCACAGGAGCUAUUAAAUGAAUUAAAUUUGAUGCUUUAUUUCACUAGUACAGUUUUGAAUGUUGCUCAGGGAUAGCCUCAAUUUGUGCAGAACAUCAGUGUGUUCCAGUAAAGGUCUGUUGAGAUGUACAUUCUACGUUACUGUUGGUAUUUGUAAAAUAGUUUCAAACAAAAACUAGGCUAACCCUGAGUAAACAAAUCUGAUUAAUAAACAGUUUGGCAAUUUCCAUUGCGGCUAUUUUUUGUUUCAAAGAGUCCCAUUUUUAUAGUGACCCAAUCUUCUAUUAGGAGCAUGGAUCACCCAUUCCACAUAUUCAUCCCACUAAAGACAAGACUCAAGCCAUUUAUCUCUCUGAUUCAUGUUGAUGGCUGAUUAAUCACUUAUUAUGGUAUAACAUGGGAAGAUGGGAUAACUAUGGGAGGGAUGGGUUAAAAUGGGAUGGGAAAAAUGAGGGGAUGGAAUGAUAUCCCAGCACACAUGGUAUUUAUGACAUGACUGAUUACUAAUGAGUGCAUAUCAAAUUUUAAGCAUGGCCAUUUCAAGUAGAAAAUGACAACAUCAUUAAACACUUGCACUGUUUCUAUCAUUGCUGUGGUUACUGCUGUGCUGUAACUAUGGUAACACAUCAAGUGUUUCAUCACUUUAAGUUGAUUCUCAUGUAAUUAAGUUGGCAAACAUUGAAGUCCUGGUGGCUUUAAGUACGAUUAAGUUAAUAUUAUUUAAAUCAUUAAUGUCUACUGUGACAAUGGUUCCUGUUCACUGUAACCAGCUCUUAAGUUAUGUAUUUGUAGUAGUUUGUCACUAGUACUAGUACUAUGACCACUUGAUAUCAUGUCUUAUCCAUAACUGCACAUGUGGUUCAGCUAGUCACUUGUAGUUAGUACAAUAAUGAUCAUCAUGUAUGUGUGCAUUGGUAAUUAUCAUGUCUUAUCCAUAACUGCACAUGUGGUUCAGCUAGUAACCUGUAUUUGGUACAAUAAUGAUCAUCAUGUAUGUGUCCAUUGGUAAUUAUCAUGUCUUAUCCAUAAUUGCACAUGUCGUUCAGCUAGUAACCUGUAUUUGGUACAAUAAUGAUCAUGUAUGUGUCCAUUGGUAAUUAUCAUAGGCUUGUGUGUUGGGAUGUUUCCCUGUAUGUCAGUGUAAAUAUGUGCUUCAAUGACAAAAUACAUAGCCAGUAUAUAACUUGGUCGGACAUCAGUAUUAAUAAUAAUUAUCUAUUAAUAUAUGACAAGCCAUGACAAACUUCAGUCUGCAUGGUACUUUAUUGCGCUUUGUAUUUCUUAAGAAUGUUGCUGAAAAUUUGAAUUAACAGCUAUAUAAUCCUUCAUUAGUUACAUUCCAACUAUCCCGUUACUAAUGCAUGAUUAUCUUGUGAGGAAUUCCAGUGUUCCUUUUGUAAGGGACGUGUCAAAAACCACAACCAUGGAAUUUGUAUAGGAAAUCACACGAUCUCAGAUACUAUUCGGAAUUGUUAGGUAUGAGAGAUUGUCAUGAAAGUUUUCAAAGUAGAAUUUGAGAACUUUCAAAACACAUGAGUAUCUAUCAUUUCAGAAUUGCACUUAAUUGGGACUAUAAAUAAUGAUCAAGUCAUUUGUUGAGUGUAUCAUGAUAAACACAGUUUGCUUGAUAGAUUUGCUAGUUGUUGGACCUCGUGCUGUACUACUGCCGUGCUGGGUGGUAUAUGCGCUUGAAAUAACACUAAUAAUGUUAAGUACAGAAAAAAUGACUGCAGUUGUGGUUUUAGGAUAACUGCCAUCCAAAAUGUGUAGUCGUAGCAAAUUUGAAAAAUCAUCUCAUCAAAAUGUGUUGACUGAUAGGACUGAAACUGUAAGUUAAGAUAAAAAAUUAAUGUAUGGUUUUAGAGGUAGAGUAUAUUUUUAAAAUAUAAUACAGUGAUGUCCUAUCUAAUUACUGUAAAUAGGGUUAUCAUUAAUCAUUACUCAUUUAUGGCCCUGUGUUUUAAGCAUCUCAUAAUUUGCUUAACACUACGGGUGUUAUAUGUGUCCCAUAUUAUGCAUUCCACACAAUUAGAUAAUAUUCAAGGUGUGUUGGCUUUGGCUUCUGUCAAUCAAAUUUCCAGCAUUAAAGUUAGUAUAUUUUGAUUGACAGAUGACAAGAUAUUUGUAGCAAGAUUAUUAUAAUCGGUGUAAUCAUGUUGUGCUUGUAGUCAGUAGUUUAUUAUAGCAUUUUUAUCAGGGCCCAAAAUUAGCAGUUGUCCAGUUGUCAGCCAUGACUAUAAUUUUAAAUUGGUAACUGGAUUUCGGAAGACGGUUGUCCAGCUGAAAACCUAAAUUUUUGUCCAGAGUCUGUAUGCCGUGUUUGUUGAUUAAAAUAAAUAGCUUUCUUAAUGGUUUUCAGUCCAUUAUUAUUUUCAAUUCAGGCACAGAAAAAUUAAAUAUAAAAAAAAAGAAGAGUGCGAAUGAAAUAAGUUUGAAUCUGUGUCCCCAUUUUGAUUGUGAAAAUAUCACUGGCCAAGUUUUAUGCUGGAUGCAUUAAUCCUAUCACAUUUUGAACAAUGGAUGACCUCUUUUGAAAGGUAAUCUUGGACCCUGGUUUUAUUUAGGUUUCUUAGCAUUCUCUUCAUUGGAAUUACAUUAAGUAUAGUCACCUAGUCCAUUUAUUUCAACUAUUAUUUACAUCAAAGUAUUUAGAAAAAUUAAUUGAUUGUAAAAGCUUGAAUUUGCCAUCAAAUCUUAUAACCAGUAAUUUGUACAUAGUAAAAGUUUCGCUUUGGCUC